AUGUCAUUUAAUAACCGAAAUGACAAUGAAAAUGAUUAUUCCAAUAAUAAUGAUGAUACGAAUAGCGAAAAUUUUCACACCAUCGAUUAUUUUGACAUUUCUAACAACAAUAACAACGAAAACAUAAAUGAUAACGAUAAUAAUUUUAUUUCUCCAUCUACUGAUAAGUUCAUUGGUAUCGAAAAACAUUCUUAUUCUAACAAAAAAUUUUCAACUUUUCAUCAUCCUAUCACUGAUAAUAUUCACAAUAUACAAUCAUCUAAUGUUAAUAAUGACAUCAAUAUUCUUAAUAAUGAAUAUAAACCUAUUACGAAAGUUAGUUAUAAUGUUCUAGAGCAUAGUAGUAUGUUUAAGGAUGUUUACUUAAAAUAUCAUUAUCAUAAUGAUGAAGAAGCAGGACAAAAAGAUGAAGAAGAUUUUAUAAAGGAAUAUGAAGAAAAUAAGGAAAAUGCUGAUACUGAAAGGAUAUUGUCUAGAAGUAGACGUUAUUUAACAUUCCCGGAAGGAAGCUCAUUUCAAAUAGUUUGGGAUGGAAUCGUACCAAUUGUCGAUUAUAAUAAUUAUUUAAUUCUUGGUAUAACAGUUGCUUUGGCAUGGGCAUUACCAAGUGAUCCACCAAGUGAAAUAAUUGAAAAUGUUGUUAAUAAAUUAAAUAAUGGUACUUUAGGUCUUCAAAGAAAUUAUAAUAAUUUUAAAUGGAAUAAAAAUUAUAUUGACAACAACAAUAGAAAAUAUACUGAAGGAUAUCAUAAUAAGUUUAAAAAAAAUCAUAUUAUAAUUCCUGUUUUUGGUAAACGUAAGAAACGUGACAUCAGGAAAUAUCAUUAUGACCCUUUACAAAUUGUGGAUAUUUUAUAUCAUAGGCAAUCUCGCUUUAUACUAUACGAUAAAAUUGAAAAAUUUUUAAAUGAGUAA